GAAACGGAUUGCACUCUCAUACACAGACACAGUGUUUGCAGAGUCUGACUUCAUGUCAAGAUGAACGAACACCGACACUUCUAUCUGCUUACUCUAUAUGUGGCGUUGGCAGCUACAGCCAUCCUGUUUUCUUCAGCUUUCAACAUUGACAAGGGCAAACCUACUGUUCACAAAGGUGAGCGGGAAGAUUUCUUUGGGUACAAAGUGCUUCAGUACUCGUCGCCCAAUAAUAAAGGGGUAAUUAUCACCGCACCACUGCGGCUGAAUGGAUCAGGAGGAAUAGCCAAGUUUGGCCAAGAUGGAACUGAAAAGUGGUUCAGUCCUAAAGAUUCUUCUGAGAAAAAGUCACAUAUGGCCAAACAUCUCGGUUUGUCAGUAACUAAAGAUUCUUCAGGAUCCCGGUUUAUUGCUUGCAGUCCAAGUCUUGCUCAUCCAUGUUAUGAAAACGUCUUCCUGAACAGUUUGUGUUAUAACAUCACAGAUGAGUUUCAGGAGUUGUCCUCCUUUAACUCUUUGUUUAAAGAAUGCAAAGAAAAAAAAGUAAACCUUGUCUUUUUGUUCGAUGGAUCUGAGAGCAUGACCGGAGCAGAAUUUGACAAAAAUAAAGAUUUCAUAAGAGGCAUCAUGGACAACGUUAAAACAAACAAAUCUAUCAAGGUUGCAGCAGCUCAGUUUUCUACAGAGUUCAGAACAGUGUUUGACUUUAAUGACUAUGUCAAUGGCACAGCUCUAGAGAAACUUGAAAAAGAAGAACAAUUGAUGUCUCUGACCAACACACAUAAAGCCCUCAAAUUAACACUGUCAAGCAUUUUUGAAAACCAAACAGCGGGAGCCUCGGAAGAUGCAGCUAAAGCUGUGGUGAUAAUCACAGAUGGAGAUCCAAGUGACACUGAUAGAAAUCACAAGAGUGUAGAAACCUAUGAACGUAAAGAGAUCGUUCGAAUUGUCAUUGGAGUCAAAAAUGUUAAUUUAGAAAAAUUAAGAAACAUUGCAUCAAAGCCAAAAGACAAAAAUGCCUUAAAGAUUGAAAACUAUGAUGGACUCACAGGAUUACUAGAAAAUUUGCAAAAGCAGAUCUUUGAUAUAGAAGGGUCCAUUGUGACUCGAUCUGAAAAAUUGACUGUUGAAAUGUCCCAAAGUGGAUUCAGUGCUGUAUCACACAAAGACACCUUAAUUCUGGGCUCUGUGGGAUCAAACACCUGGCGUGGGGCUCUCAGUGAGCCUCAAAAGCAAGAUAAACUGAUUUUAGACCCUGAAAUGCAAGAAGCCUCCUACAUGGGAUACUCUCUUUCUGUUGGAGAGAGGAAUGGCAGUCCUCUAUAUUUCACUGGAGCACCACGUUUCGACCAUGUGGGGCAGGUCAUAGUUUUCCAACCUGAUGAUGACAAGUGGAACACAACACAAAGAAUAACAGGGGACCAGAUUGGUUCCUAUUUUGGUGCAGAGCUUUGCUCUGUAGACAUUGACUCAGAUGGUAACACCGACUUCCUGCUGGUUGGAGCUCCAAUGUUUUAUCUUUCAGAGGAGAGAAAAGAAGGAAUAAUCUACAUCUAUUCUCUAUCUGAUGAGAUGGAACUAACAAUGGAGCAUCAAGUGCGAGCACCAUCCAUGGGCAGAUUUGGCACCACCAUAUCCAGUCUGUCAGAUCUGAAUGGAGAUGGUCUCAGAGAUGUUGCAGUGGGAGCCCCUCUGGAGCAGGAUAAUGCAGGAGCUGUUUACAUCUACCUUGGACAAAGAGGCACAGGGAUACGCAAACGUUCCAGCCAGAGAAUCACAGGAGCAGAUUUCGAACCUGGGUUGAGGUUCUUUGGUCAAUCCAUCAACGGAGAUAUUGAUCUCGGAGAUGAUGGGCUGCCAGAUAUUGUGGUGGGAUCACAAGGUGCUGCGGUUGUCUUAAGGUCCAAACCCAUCCUGGAUGUCAUGGCUGAUCUGUCAUUUUAUCCUAAUAUGAUAAGCAUUGUGAAGACUACCUGCUUGGAGAAGGGCACGAUUUUACCAAUGGUUAUUGUGAAAGUGUGCUUUGAAAUGGUGGAAGUAACACAAAUCGAAGCAGAACCAAGAAUCAACAUCUCUCUGAUGCUCAAUGUGGAUCCAAUGAGGCAAAAACAUCGAGGUUUCUUCCAGGACAAUGAAAGGACAAGCAGAAAUAUCAUGUAUACCUAUGAGCUGACUGGGAAGGAAACAUGUUUCAACUAUUCUAUUUUCAUGGAGGUUUGCAGAAAAGACACGUUAUCCCCUGUCAUCAUCAAAUUAAACUUUUUGCAAGCCGGCAGUGACGAUGCAAGAGCCGUUCUGAAUGUAGACAGCAAAAAGCAGGCUGUGAUUAAGGUUCCUUUUGAAAAGUAUUGCGAUAAAGAAUUCUGCAUCCCGGAUCUUAAAGUGGAUUUUAAAUUCAGGUCUAAGGAGUUAUUGGUGAGAGAAAAUAAUCGCUUCAUCAUAUUGAUAACCCUGGAUAAUAAUGGUGAUCACUCAUAUGAUACCAGCCUGUCAAUCCACUAUCCUCCAGGCCUCUCCUUCGCAAAGAUGGAGCCAACAGAAACCAACAAAGUAGAUCAAAACUGCCUUCCCCAAGAAACCGGAGUGCCGAACAAAACCAUUUGUGGGAUCAGUUCCCCUGUGUUUCUCAGCAAAUCAUCUGCCACCUUCAAUGCUACUUUUCAUAUCGCAAAAGAUUUUGAGUGGAAUGACACAAUGUCGAUGACAGUCACUGCAGAAAGUAAAAAUUCUAACCCCAACAAGACGCUUUCUGUGACCAAAGUUAUUCCUGUUAAAUAUUCAGUCAGAAUGGCAAUAGCAUUAGGUGAUUCAUCUGUCAGUGAGUUGAAAUUCACUCCGGAAAACUAUGAGCCACAAAGAAUGGUUAUUAUAUACGAUAUACAGAACACUGGUUUUAAGGAUUUUCCCAUCAGCGUUUCACUGUUUUUCCCAAGUAAACUGGAACACAACUUUGAAGUACAAAACUAUAGAGUUGUUGUCAAGCCGAACAAAACUGCGUGCUCAGUCAUUUCCACCCAAAAGUCUGAGAACUGCCCUCAGGGAAAAGAUUGUGUUACCAUGGAAUGUAAUACUUUUACUUUGAAGAAUUAUUCAGACGUUCACUUUUCCUUGGAAGGAGAUGUACAUUACGGAAAUUUUAACAACUAUUUAUCAGAUAUGCCCAUUCUGAAACGAUAUACAGGAGUAGAGGGAGAGGUCAAUUUUAUGAGCUUUAUACAAAUUGACUAUGAUUCUGGUAGAUACGUGCUGGAUUCUCCCAAACAUGAGAAGAAGAACCAGACUGACAACAAUAAAACAAAGAAAAAAGCUAGUGUUCUGGUUGAGUUCAUUGUGCCGCCGAAUAGAUUGGUGAUCAUUAUGACUGCAGCAGUACUGGGAUUUCUGCUCCUGAUCAUAAUCAUAAUCAUCAUGUUAAAGUGUGGCUGCUUCAAGAGGAAAAAUCAUAUUUACUAUGUAACAAGAAGAUGAUCUGUCUGCCAAGAACGGACACCCAAAUUUACUGGUUGUGAGAGUUUUCUAAAGUAUCUGCUUCACUAAAGUGAUGAAAAUAGUUGCAGUUAACAAGAGGAACUUUUUUUGGUCUAACUUUUUUAUUUUAUUUUAAAGAGCCCUAUCCAGCCCACAAUCCUUUUGUGCAUGGUGUAGUUUGAUUAGACAUUUGUUCUGUUUUUUUGUUGCAUUAGUUGGUUGUUGACUGAAAAUUGUAAAAUAACUUAUAUAGCAGCUUGCCUAUCUUUGUCAAUGCAUUUUUAAGCUUAUUACACACACACAUAGCUCUAAUCUGUGGUAGUGUCUACUUAAUUGCAGAAUAUUGAGAGGAGAAUUUUGAUGUGGGUUUUUUGUAAAGCUGCUUUCAUGCCCUCUAUUGUAUUGGAAAUACAAACCAAUUCAUCUUUAUCCAUAGCAGGCCUAUGUUUUUCUUUGUUUUCUAGCUUUAUUGGUGUGUUCUGGAUUUAUUUAAGUUUCUUAGGUUUUUCUUUCCUUGUCCUCUGUUGUCCCCUUGUGUUUCCUUUUCCCUUGGCUUCCUUGUCAC